GAAGAGAAGAAGAAGAAGACCGGAAGUAAAAGCAUAACAACAGCAAUUAAAGACCUGAGAUGGACACCUGUGAAAUACCCCAGUUUUCAGCUGGAAAAUAUUUGUCCAAACACUCAGACUGUGACGAAAACAAACGACGAGGGUGAAAAUAAUUCUUGUUUAUAUUUUUAUUUUUUUUAAACCCCAAAAUAAGCUGCUGCCGUUGUCAUGCAGCUCAGGUGAAACGUAAGUUUAUCCAAGCGACCGCCCCGUUUCGCUUGUUUAGGCUUCACUCGACUCCUCUUUUCCAGUUGAAAGGCACUGGUCGCCUUCACCUGAAAUAAUAAAACAUGGACAACAUCUACAAAAAGAGGGUGUUCGCGUCCAUGCGAAAAACCAAAGCGGCCGCCUCGAAGAGAAGGCAGAUCGGGUUGCCUGCCUCCAUCCUGGACGACAGCGACGAAGGUUCCUUCUCCUCCUCCUCCUCCUCCUCCUCCGCGUCCCAGGUCGACUUUGGCAGCUCCGCUGACAGCGACUCUGAGCGGAGCUCCACCGCCUCCUGCAGCGAGGACAGCGGCUCCGUCGGCCGCAAGAAGCGCUCCUUCCUUGGGGACGACAGCUCCGUCAGCAGCGAGGAUGAUGAUGAGGAGGAAGAAGAGGACGAGGAGGAGGAGGAGGAGGAAGACGACAAAAAGAGGAAGAAGAAGAAGAAAAAGGAGGAGGAGGAGCAGAAGCAGGAUGAUGAGAAGGUGGAGAGGGAGCGGCCGCUGAAGCGGAUGGUGUGUCCGAAGAGGCGCUCCGGUCAGCCGGAGUCCGAGCCCGACCGGGAGCAGAGGAUGAAGAGGGAGGCGGAGAGGAAAGCCACGGCGGAGAAGAGGAAGCAGAGGCUCAGCAAACUCCUGGAGCUGUCCAAAAGGAUGAAGAUGACAAAGAGCCGAGGUCCCGAACGGGGUCCCAGCAAGAAGAGGAGGAGGAUCAAGGAGCCAUCUGAUGAAGACAAUAAUGAUGAAGAUGAGGAGGCCGCUGUUGGUGAUGGAGACGAAAGCGAUGGAGAUGAGGCGGAGAAGAGGAAUUAGAGCCUCACGGUGAUGUUGUCACAGAGAUGAAAAGGAGACAGAACAGACUAUUACUUUGAAACUCACAGUGUUAAGUCUCCAUUCUGCAGGUGCACGGGCAAAAAAAACCCUUUUGUCCAAAAUGUCAACUUUGCAAAAAACUGAAAAGCAGACUUGUCUUCAACCUAAUUACCGUGUAGUUUUGAGUCUGACAGGUAUAUUAUACUCACUCCAGGAAAAAUUAUUUAAAUCGUGUUGAUUUAAGUGGAGAGGCAGCACCUUAAUACAGACUGUAUAUUUUGUUCAUGUUAUUCUUGAGAGGAAUUUUUUUCCAAACAUUGUGCAAUUCUCCAAAGAUUAACCCUCUGAAAGCAAAAGAAAAUUCCCUUUUAUUUCUUUAAAAAAAAAAAAUGUAAAAAUCCCUAAUUUGGCCUGCAGACACACACACACACACACACAAAACAUACAUUUCACACAUAUUCUAUAUACAAGCAAAAGUUGUUGUCAAAAAGCAUGGACUUGUAUCUAAAUGAGUAGGCCUAUACUCAUGCACACUCAUGAACAAAAAAAUCAGAAAAUGACAAAAAAAAAAUAAAAUUAAAGAAAAGUUACUGAUAAAUGACAGUGUUAUACAAUAACAUGUAACAUAAUAAUAACUCGAAAGAAAAAUAAAACAUGAUGAAGCUGACAAGAAAAAAGACAAUGUGACAAAAAAUGAAAUGGUAUGAAAUAUGAAAACUUACUAUUGGUAAAGCAAAUAAUACAGACAAAGUUUUUUUAAUGUUUAAAAUUUUUGUAUAGUUAUAUUUUUUACUGUUAUUUUUUCUUACUUUUGUACUGAAUAAAAUGUGUUUUUUAUAUAAAUGAGUCUGGGCACUCCAAAAACAACAACAAAAAAAGUAUCCUCAAAGGCCAAAUUGACGAUGGAAAAAAAUCCCUUUUUUUUAAGAAAUAAAGGGAAUUUUUUUUGCACCAACAUGUUGAGGCUUCAGGGGGUUAAGCAAAAUGGAUGAAGAUGAUGAGGUUACAUUUCUGAUACACUAGCCAAAUGCUAGUGUACUUUUGAAGUAAAUAAUGUGUGUUGGGAGUAUUUUGCCUUAGAUUUUGUGGAGCCACAAUGAAAGCUGAAUUGUACAGCUCAAUUUAGCAUGUGUUCAGUAUUGUCGUUGUAAUGUGUAUUACCGUAUAUUCAGCCUUUUUAAUUAAAAGAAUGACUAUGACAUAUCCCGUGA